AUGCCACAUAUAAAAAAAAACAAGUAUCGGCGUCCCCUCGUCAUAUUUUCAUGUGUCAAUCACCAUAAUCAAACAACCGUUGUUGGUGAUGCUGUAAUUGGCAACGAGAAAGAAGAAACAUAUGUGUGGUUGCUAGAGCAGUUGUUGGAGGCAAUGGACAAGAAGAGUCCAACAGCAGUUAUCACAGAUGGAGAUAAGGCAAUGAGGAAUGCCAUUCGGAGGGUCUUUCCCAAUGCCAGUCACCGACUCUGUGCGUGGCACUUGAUGUGUAAUGCAACCGAUAAUAUCAAAAUUCCUGACUUCCUCCCUAAGUUCAAGACUUGUAUGUUCAGUGAUUUUCAAAUAGGUGAUUUUAAAAGAAAGUGGGAAUCAUCGGUUGAAGAAUUUAAUUUACAUGAACAUCCGUGGAUUAUUGACAUGUAUGCCAGAAGACAUACGUGGGCUGCGGCCUACUUUCGUGGUAAGUUUUUUGCCGGAUUUAGGACUACAUCUCGGUGUGAAGGGUUCAACGCCCAACUUGGGAAGUUUGUCAAGAGAAGAUACAACUUGAAAGAGUUUCUACAGCACUUUCAUCGUUGUCUCGAAUACAUGCGACAUAGAGAAGUUGAAGCUGAUUUUCGUUCAGGCUAUGGAGACCCGGGUUUGAAAGCUCCACCCCUUUUUCAAAGUAUUGAGCUUUCAGCCUCACAUACCCUUGGCAUGUCCAUGUACACGGUCAAAUGGUCCCAAGAAUCUAGUAGGGAGUGGCUUGUUUCAUACUAUACGGCUACAUAUGAAUUCCGAUGCUCAUGCAUGAGAAUGGAAAGCAUUGGCUUAGCUUGUGCCCACAUCAUUGCUGUCUUGGUUGAUCUCAAUAUACAUAACAUUCCCAAGUCACUUGUGCUUGAAAGGUGGAGUCAAGGUGCAAAGGAUCAUUUAUGUGAAACGCCGGGGUCAUCCCCGUCGCUUUUUUGA